AUGAUGUUACUUCUGAUGCUGAUGUUGUCUGUGGUUUCAUUGGCACACAGUGAUGAUGACUUCUGUUAUGAUGAGGAGCACUGUGAUCCAUAUGCAUGGGGAGAUAACUACCCCUCUUGCCAUCCUCUUCUGGAGAGCCAUCACUCUCCCAUCAACCUGGACCAUCCACUGAUGAAGAACCAAUCUUUAGACUCUCUGCACCUGGAGGGGUUUAAUUUGACUCAUAAAGGUCCAUGGUGGCUGACAAACCAGGGUCACUCUGUUGUGCUGGAGUUGGGUAACGGUAUGCAGGUGAGUGGCGGAGGGCUUCCUGGAACUUACCGCACCAUCCAGCUGCAUUUCCAUUGGGGAAGUGUGUCUUCAAACGGUUCUGAACACACCUUGGACCAUCUGAGACUUCCCAUGGAGAUGCACAUAGUCAACAUCAAAUCCACACAUCCAAAUUUGACAUCUGCGCUUGAAGACCCAACUGGCCUUGCUGUGCUUGGAGUCUUCGUUGAUGUGACAUAUUUGCACAAUGAAAACUUCCAGUCCAUCUCAAAUGCACUUCCUUCUGUUGCCUACAAAGGACAAACAAAAUCAAUCAGACCAUUUCCUCUGAUGAAUCUGUUACCUCAGAACAACCUGACGCAGUAUUACCGUUAUCAUGGCAGCCUCACAACGCCGCCCUGUUCACAGGUGGUUUUGUGGACCGUGUAUGAAGUACCCAUCUAUAUCUCAUGGGCUCAGUUCGAGCUGUUUGUAAAAGGGAUAUAUUCCACGGAGGAAUUAGCCGAUAAACAGGUUCACCUGCAGAACAACUACAGACACAUCCAUCCAACCUACGGUCGGCCUGUGUAUGCAUCCAAAGAUGCUAAGAUGCUCACCAAUGGAGUUUCCCCUCUUGCCAUUUUUAAUAUUUUUAAUGUUCUUUUAUUUAUUGGAUUUUUAAACAUUUAGCGUUUUGCAUAUUGCAGAACGACAGUAUUAAACGUCCACUUCAAAUACUGUCAAAAACUACUCAGAAAGCAUCACUAUAGUGAACGAUUGACUAGUCACUGGUAGCCACUAGUAGCCAGUCUAAAGACCCGUUUACAACAAGAACGAUAACGUUCUCUUUAUUAUAAGCACCCUGCAGUUAUGUGUCUGCCGCUUUAAAUGCUGUGGCUGUUUAAAGAUGGUGGAUUCUGAUUGGCUGUCAAUAAUUUUAUGCUUCAACUAGAAAAAAAAAUCUGAAAGUGUUGCAACAACCAUAUCUUUCCUGUGUCAUUAUCGUUACAGCUUAUCUGCAGGACUUACCUAUUGUCAUCGAAUUUGAAGGACUAUUAUAACCGCAUAAUUAUUAGUUAUCUUUAAGGCCCAUUCACACCAAGAACGAUAAAGUUCUGUUUUGUCGUCUGUCGCUUUAAAUGCACAAGGUGGAUUCUGAUUGGAUGUCAUUCUAUUUAUCGUUCAUCAGCUGGAUAAUAAAUCGUUCUGGGGUGCUUCCAACAAUAACGUUCCUUUGUCAUUAUCGUUCUUGUUUUGGUGGACUUCGCUAUUCUCCUAGGAUUAGAACAAACUUUUUUUAGUUAUCGUCCUUGCUGUGAAUGGGCCCUUAAAUUGAAUUAUAAUUCAUUGUAAUUCACCAAGAACAAUUGUGCUAAUUAUUUGUAUGUAGAAACAAAUUGUAGUUGCAUGUUUGAUCACACAUCUACAACAAUUGAGUUUUUCAGCCAGACUGCUAUCGGAUGAGUGAUUUUUCUUAGUGGGUAUCCCCAUUUACGUAUUUCCCCUCAUUCAUACUGAACUUGAUCACUCAAAGCCUUUCCCCAGUCAUACACAAAGGCCACUUAGUGGGAUUUAAAAUGAUACCAGUAGAAAGAUAAAGCUGAAUAAAGUUUAAGGGGAGUUUAUGACCUUUUAAAAGUAUGUACACCUAUGUAGGUAUACCAAACUUGACGAACCAAUGAAGAAGUUAAUCUGUGAAAAUACAAACUUACCUCA